ACUUUCAUAUACUGAGCUGAUGACCUGAUAUUUCUGCUAGUCCGGGUCCAAGAUUGUUGCUGCAGAUGGCAACAUGCAACUACGCAGAUUCAAAAAAGCACAGGAUCCGAAAGACGUGGUAUUUGCUGGCCAAGAAGAAGUAGAUUGGUAUUGGGUGAAAAAUCGCCAAGUUGUCCCGUAUGGUGGAUCAGCAACUGAUGGAUGCAGUACUUGGCAAGCUCUUGAAAAGGGACGUGGCCGGAUGGACCAUCUUGAUCAGAAUGGUGCAUUCGCAUGCACUUGUGGUCACGGUCUUCCUUUGGCCAUGAUCGACAUAACAACAGCCGGUGAACAGUUCACCUAUGUUCUCAGCUGUUUAAAAAAAGUAUCUGAGAUGCCAUUGUAUGGAUCAGACAUCCGCAUCAUGUACGAUGUUGGCUGUAAAAUUCGCAAGGCCCUGCAGGAAACGGAAUGCUUGGACAGUAUAAAGGAUGUACCUAUUGCGGUCGGCAUUUUCCAUAUCACUGGUCAUUCGCCAGAAUGCCAGAUCCACUUUCAUCCUCGCCUCAAAGAGGGGUGGGGAAUACAGGAUGGGGAGCAUCUCGAGCGGCUUUGGUCCUUCCUCAACGGAUUUGUGGCCAUGACACGUAACAUGUCGUCUCUCAACAGACGGCUUACUCUGACUAUUGCUCUUGACUUCUUUACCGAGCAGCGAAUAGACAACCUUGGUGUGAACCUCCGACGUAGGUUCGAACGCGCGGUGGAACUCAAAGCUGACGCUUUGGAAGCACUAAGGAACGCCGGUAUUGAAGAGAAUGAUAACAUUUCCAUUGCCUUAAUGGCAAUGAAAUGGCAGGACCAUUUGGAUGAGACGGUUCAGAGAGAAACAAGCAAUACAGGACGAGGUGGAAGGUUUGGCGUCUCUAGCAGAGCCAUAGAGAACUUGCGUCUUGCCAUCGCCAUUUACGAUUUAAUCGAACAGGCAUUCAAACAACAGGGCAAUGGUCACAAUCGUACGCAAAACCUUGCAGCGCAAAGAAAAGCCGCUCGUAAGCAGGUUGAUAUCAAAUUUGACCAGUAUAUCGAGAAAUUAACAAGAGCUCCAAUUUUUGGAUUCAAACACUGUGUUGAAAAAGAACAGCCACUUUCGUUUCCGCUGUAACAUCAUUUCUCCUGUGGAAAACGAUGCACCCUAUGACGCUUUCCAUGGUUUAAAAAGAGCCAACGAAG